AUUAUAAGCAUAUGGGGUGGCUAUCGAAAAGCUCUAAUAAUGUUUUUUCUCUCUAGGUUUGAGAGUGGCUUUCUUCUCCUAGUGUUGGGAGUCAAACAAUCCUUGUUCCUCUAGUUUUCACUCAAAAACUCUUGUUUACGACCAAAGCAAAUCCUGACAUCGAUGACUAAACCAAGCAUCAAAGAUCUUAUGGUGGCUCUUGGAGGCAAGUUGUCACUAACGGCUGAGGAAGAUGUUGGGCUAGAUCUCGACACUGACAAGCAGAACAAUCAGCUAAUAGGGAUGGCUAAGUGGUGUUUGGUCAACAUGCUCUUGACAAGGAGUCGAUACAAUUUGGAAGCACUAAAGAAUACGCUAGCUAGUGUUUUGGUAGAAGGACCUUGGCAUUUUGUCAAUCAUACCAUGGUCUUGAAGGAGGCACAUGGAGCAGAAACAGGGCUACCAAUCGGUGUUGGGAUAAGCCGACUUAUUGAUGUUAACGCAAGAGAUAGGGAUACAUGAGGCUUUGAGUUUAUCCAAGUAAGAAUGGGCAUUGAUACUAGGAAGCCGCUUUGAAUGGGGAUGAGACUCUCACUAAAAGAGGAUCGAUUUGGGUGUCUUUUCAAUAUGAACACCUCUAGAAUUUCUGUUAUUAUUGUGGCAAGUUAGAUGAUGUAAAUUGAGACUAUGAGUUAGGACUGCAGAUGUACAUGGUAGGAACAAUGAGUCAUCCAUGUGACAAUACACUUCGAGCAAUAUC